AUGGGUAGUGUAUUUUUGCCUCAUUUGCAUACAGGAUGGCAUGUUGAUCAAGCCAUUCUUUCAGAGGAUGAUAGAAUUGUCGUGAUACGAUUUGGUAGAGAUUGGGAUAAAGAUUGUAUGUUGAUGGAUGAAAUAUUAUAUGGUAUUGCUGAGAAGGUAUCUAAUUUUGCUGCAAUUUACCUAUGCAAUAUCGAUGAAGUUCCAGACUUCAACGAGAUGUAUGAAUUAUAUGACCCCAUGACGGUAAUGUUUUUCUUCAGAAAUAAACACAUGAUGUGUGAUUUUGGUACAGGUGAUAACAACAAGAUGAACUUUGUUAUUGAUGAUAAGCAAGAGAUGAUUGACAUAAUUGAGACCAUAUAUAGAGGUGCUAGAAAGGGUAGAGGUUUGGUGGUUUCCCCAGUACAGUAUACAAGAAGAUCCUAA